AUGUCCCAGCGGCGGCCCUCGCCCACGCAGCGCCGCCGCUCCUCGUUCUGGCCCAGCGACAUCCCACCAGUGACGCCCAUGAAGAGUGUAAACCCCAAGGAGUACCUCACUGCGCUGUCAAACCUGCUCUCUUACGUCUCGAACCGCAUGGCCCAGAUCAAUCUCGAUCAUCUCAUCUUGGCCUUCAACCGCGCGCACGCCCGACACGAUCACAUCGCCAUGCGUCAGCUCGGCACCAGCAUGCUUUCCACCCUCGAAGAUGUCCAAUACGCCUACUAUACUUUCUGCGAGACCCGCGGCACGUUCGAUGAAGAGGAGAUCUGGAAGAUGGUGAUGGAUUUGGGGGACGAGGGAGACGGGUUCUGGGACGUGGUUGAGGAGUUGGCCGAUCUCAUUGAUAUUGUGGAGGGAGAGGAGUCGGAGGGGUUUUGGAGGAGUUUGGAGGGGGCAGUGAGUAGGGCUUAG